GCUGCGGCGGGAGCUGAGCUGAGUUGGCCGGCGGCACCUCCCCACCCCGCGGCGAGGCUGUAGCCGAAAGCACUGCCCGGGACCAUGGGGAGCAGCAAGAGCAAGCCCAAAGACCCCAGCCAGCGCCGGCGCAGCCUGGAGCCCGCCGACAACACCCACCAUGGGGGUUACCCAGCCUCGCAGACGCCCAGCAAAGCGGCAGCCCCCGAUGCCCACCGCACCCCCAGCCGCGCCUUCGGGACCAUGGCUGCUGAACCCAAGCUCUUUGGAGGCUUCAACACCUCUGACACGGUCACCUCUCCGCAGCGUGCCGGGGCACUGGCUGGUGGAGUCACCACCUUCGUGGCCCUCUAUGACUACGAGUCCCGGACUGAAACGGACUUGUCCUUCAAGAAAGGAGAGCGCCUGCAAAUUGUCAACAACACGAGGAAAGUGGAUGUCAGGGAAGGUGACUGGUGGCUGGCUCAUUCCCUCACUACAGGACAGACGGGCUACAUCCCCAGUAACUAUGUCGCGCCCUCAGACUCCAUCCAGGCUGAAGAGUGGUAUUUUGGGAAGAUCACUCGCCGGGAGUCCGAGCGGCUGCUGCUCAACCCCGAAAACCCCCGAGGGACCUUCCUGGUCCGGGAGAGUGAGACCACGAAAGGUGCCUACUGCCUCUCUGUCUCCGACUUCGACAACGCCAAGGGGCUCAACGUGAAGCACUACAAGAUCCGCAAGCUGGACAGCGGCGGCUUCUACAUCACCUCCCGCACCCAGUUCAACAGCCUGCAGCAGCUGGUGGCCUACUACUCCAAACACGCCGAUGGCUUGUGCCACCGUCUCACCAACGUCUGCCCCACAUCCAAGCCCCAGACCCAAGGCCUUGCCAAGGAUGCCUGGGAAAUCCCCCGGGAAUCGCUGCGGCUGGAGGUCAAGCUGGGACAGGGCUGCUUCGGAGAGGUGUGGAUGGGGACCUGGAAUGGCACCACCCGGGUGGCCAUCAAGACACUGAAGCCUGGCACCAUGUCCCCGGAGGCCUUCCUGCAGGAAGCCCAGGUCAUGAAGAAGCUCCGGCACGAGAAGCUGGUUCAGCUCUACGCCGUGGUUUCAGAGGAGCCCAUUUACAUUGUCACCGAGUACAUGAGCAAGGGGAGCCUCCUGGACUUCCUGAAGGGUGAGAUGGGCAAGUACCUGCGGCUGCCCCAGCUCGUGGAUAUGGCGGCUCAGAUCGCAUCUGGCAUGGCCUAUGUGGAGAGGAUGAACUACGUGCACCGGGAUCUGCGGGCAGCCAACAUCCUCGUGGGGGAGAACCUGGUCUGCAAAGUGGCUGACUUCGGCUUGGCACGUCUCAUCGAGGACAACGAGUACACUGCUCGUCAAGGUGCAAAGUUCCCCAUCAAGUGGACGGCCCCUGAAGCAGCUCUCUAUGGAAGGUUUACCAUCAAGUCAGAUGUCUGGUCCUUUGGCAUCCUCUUGACCGAACUGACCACCAAGGGCAGAGUGCCGUACCCAGGGAUGGUGAACCGGGAGGUGCUGGAUCAGGUGGAGCGAGGGUACCGCAUGCCCUGCCCGCCCGAGUGCCCAGAGUCCCUGCACGACCUCAUGUGCCAGUGCUGGCGGAAGGACCCGGAGGAGCGACCCACCUUCGAGUACCUGCAGGCUUUCCUGGAGGACUACUUCACCUCGACAGAGCCCCAGUACCAGCCCGGCGAGAACCUAUAGACCCGGAGUUCCUCCUGGCACCAGGGACGCUGCCGUCCUCGCCGCAGGGCACAGAGGGCUGGCCUCCCCACAGAGGGGCUGUUUUUGUGGAGCAGCCCUGGAGCAGGACGGGGCGUUGUCUGCGGAUGCAGCCCGGGGAGGUGCUGGGUCCCCCCAUUGCUCAUUGAGACUUGUGGCCCGUGCGUAGAGCAGCGCUGUCCCGCUGGCAAGAGGAGCCCGCGGGCGCCGGCGGAGCUGGCUCGGGAGGGCGAGCAGAGCAUCUCCUGCCAAGAGACUUGGCUUUUGGGAGACUUUUCCCCCCUACAGCUCUGGGAUGAGCCUGGAGGGAUUGGGGGACAGCAUCACUCCACCUCAGACACAUGGCCCCAGUCUCCUGCACCCCCUUUCUAAAUCAGCACAAAUUUCCCUGCCUCUUCAGCCUCUCCACUGUCUCCCCCUUGGCUCCGGUUCCCCUGAGGAUGCUGGCAGAGACAUUUCACCACAGAUUCAGAAUCACAGAAUGCUGAGUUGGAAGGGACCCAUAAGGACCAUCAAGUCCAGCUCUUAAGUGAAUGGCCCACACGGAGAUCAAACCCACGACCUUGGUGUUAUUAGCUCCAUGCUCUAACCAACUGAGCUAAGCUCAGUGUCAUGAUGGCACAAUCCCUGGCUGGUUCAAAGGGGGUGAUGCACUGGAUGGUGGUGCCAGCGUGGGAUGGCAGCAGAACUCUGGUGGUCCCUCUGGCCUUGCCAUGACCUCAAUGGCUAGUGGGUUCUAGAACCAUGAAAUGUGACUGCUCGUGGCUCUGGUGAUGGACACUGUCCCAUAGGAGCACCUGGGCACACGAUGAAAUCUUCCAGCUGUGUCUGUUCCCCCAGGGGACUUGUCUCCCCUCCUGGGAGUGGCACAGGGGAUGCUGACAGAGCCCUUGCCCUGUCUGCAGCCAGCCCUGCUGCCCUGCUGUGUUUUCUCCCACCACACACUCCAGGUCUUCCAGCCACCUCCUUGUAAAGUGCCCCUCAGCCUCCACCCCUGGUUCUACCACCAGCUGUCCCACCAGCAGAGUCCCCCGGGCUGGCCCUGCCACCAAAUCCACUGCCACUGUGGGGGUUGGGUGCACGGCCCAUGUAGCUGUUCAGGGUGUUGGGAGUGUUUUGGGGGAAAUACUCAUCUUUCACAGAUGCUUUUGUUCACCUGGUACGUUUUUAGCUGGCUUCCCUUUGCCCCUCAUGUCUCAGCUGCCAGGUUGCAGCCCCCAUGCAGCAUCCCAAGCCACAUGCCACCAUCCCAGAGAAGAAUCCUGGGAAGUGCUGUGCCACAUCUGCAUCCUCAUCUCCCCCCUGCUUGCUCCCAAAGUCCUCAGCCAUGUUUCAGAGGUGGGUGGCUAUCCCUGCCCAGCUUUGCCCCACACAUAUCCCGUGGGGCUGAUUCCCAGACUCUGUGUGGCAAACCCCAGUCCCUUCCCUCUUCCACUCAGCGCCUGCUUGUACAUAACCCUUGAGUGGUCCCCACACCCUCCCAGACCUAGAUUUCAUUGCAUGGGUUGGUUUUCCCCUCCUGUGGCUGUAUCCAGCUGGAAACCCUUCACUGUGGUGGUUCACAAAGCUUCUCUCCCUCACCUCUCGGGUGCCAGCCCCACUCGCUCAGAAAAACCUGGGGGGUCUUCAGAUGCUCUCCUGGGCCAUGGUGGGAUGGGGGCUUGGGGAGUGCUGCAGGGCAGGAGUGCUGGGGGGAAGGACACAGAGAGGGGAGCCAGUGGCUUCACCCACCUCUCAGUCCUCAGGCAGGGGGCUUUCUGUGCCUCCCCAUCACCUGUGGGAUGGGCUGUCCCUCCAGCACAGCCUCGUCACGGGCAGCAGACCCAACCCUCCUCUUACCAGUCCCUGCCAUGGUACCAGUGUCCCAGGAAAGCUGGGUGGGAGCCCAGUGUGGGCAGGGGUGGCCAAAAGCCCCACCCCAAAUCUCCACCAGAGCAGGGUUCAGGCACAACACUGCUUCCCGUUCACUCCCACAGCUCCCUGCACGCUUAUUUAUGAACCAAGGACUUGGUUGGUUGGUUGGUUGGUUAAUGGCUCCUUUUUUGAGUAAAACCCUCAAAAUCAGCUUGAUCAGGCUCUUCAGCUGGAUGGAGAGAUCCUGCUGGCUUGAAGAACAGCGACUGGAUUAAUGGAUUUGUUUUUAAAUCAUUUCGAAAGUUGGAACCUUUUCUCCCCCACUCCCUUCCUUACAGGUUUCUGUGUUUGGGUAGGGUCUCCCCAAACCUCCAUGUUCUGGGUCUUCCCCUGUUUGCAGCCCUUUGGGAUGGGCAGCUGCCAUGUCCCCAUUGGCACUACCAGGGACACCCUGUCCCUUGGCAGCCCUUCCGAGGGGUGGAUGGUGCCUGUGGCCUGUGCCACAGCUCUGCCUGAAUUCCACAAAAUCCCCAUCCCUGGGAGAAGCCAGAUUUGGUCUGGAAGCUGGGGAGAGAGAAGGCAGGCCCACGAGUUCAGUUUGGCCUUUGGGUGUCUGCGGCACGUGCAGGCUCUCCUGUGGGCACAGGGGGUCAGGAGCAGCCUGGACCUGCUCACCCGGCAGCUCCAGCUCUGGCUCUCCCUGGAAGCAGCAGGCACAAGGAGCGCCCCGGGCUGGCUUAAUGCCCCAUGGAUUUCGGGAAGCUUUGCCAGAGGAGACGUGCUGGGGACAUUUCAGGGCAGAAGACAGUAAGGCAAUGCCAGAGGAGCCCUCCUGCACAGGGCUGUGUGUCCUCGUGUCCGUGUGUCCCUCGUGGUUCUGUGCAGCAGCUCUGCUGGGACUCAGCAUCUCCAGACUCGCCACCACAACCAGCAGGGCCCGGAGGUCCCGGGGAUUCAGAGCCUCCCCUCCACCCCCAGUGUUGGCUGGCAGUUUAUUUGUUAAGCCAAUAAAUUCCAGAGGGGAGCCCCCACUUAAGGAUGCUUUUUGGCUUCCUGGACCCCAUCAAAUCCUGUAAGUCAUUCUCCUCUGCUGUUAUAAUUUUUUUACACAGUCUUUUGUAAAAGAUCUCCAACCGACUAUGCAGAGAACAUGUGGAUCUGUGUCUCUCCCCAGCUUCCCUCACCUGCCUUUUUUGAUGUCUAAGUAAAAUAUUUAGCUUUUCUUUUUUUUUUUUUUUUUUUGUUUGGGUCUUUUUUUUUUGGAUAAUAAUAAAACUGGGGAAAAAACCUAAAAAAGGUCCAGCUUUGUGGGUGGUGGGGGGGUGGAGAUGCUUUGAAACUCUAACGUGGAUGUAAAUACUUUGCAAUUUGAUAAUUAAAUACAA